AUUCUCUUUUUCGGGUUAUCUGAUUUAACUCUAAUAAAACAAAUUUUUUGUGUGUUUUAAUGUAGAUUGCGAAUGCAAAUUAUCAAAUUUCAAAUCAAAACGUUUAUGGUGAUGAUACGAAUGCAAGUGUUCCAUCGUGUCACAAGGAAAUUUUAGUUGACGACUCAUUUUCAAUUGAUUCUGCUUCUCCUAACAAUCAACAAACUUCAACUACCACCCAUUCGGUAUAUAAUUCGUGGUUUUUUGGGGACUAAUGAAGAAUUCCUUCAUGAAGAAAUCUGGUUUGACGCCGAAAAUUCAUCACUGAUAGAUGACCAUAAUAUGGAUUAUAAUAACGAAGCUAGUGAGGAAGUAAAUGAGAUGAAAGAUGAAAAUUUUAGUUACCACAAACCACUUUGUAAUUGUUCGAAGAUCACACGUGGAGAAGCGUUAAUGAUGACACUGGCAUUAGGAGUUGAAGAAUCCCUCUCAUGGAAAACUAUUGUUGCAAUUUUAUCAAUGAUCAAUACAUUAUUCCAAAAUGACGUUGUUCCUGCUUCAAAAUAUAAAUUAUUCCAAACUUUAAAACUAAACGAAGAUAUUCUUGUAUAUCAUUUAUACUGUGAUGAUUGUAAUUAUUAUUUUGGCGCUCAAAAGAAAUUUAAUAAAGAUAAAUUUCAAUGCCCAAUUUGUGAUUAUGAUGAACAAUCGCCGGAUAUUUGUUAUUUUUUAACAUUUGAUAUUUCUCUACAACUAAAAUCGGUAUUAGAAGAUAAAGAAGUUCAAGACGUUUUAAUGAAGAAUAUUCUAAGAAAGAAUUGUAAUAACAACAGCAAUGACCUCCGAAGUAUGAGAGAUGGUGAAAUAUAUAAACAUUUAUCCAUGGAAAAUAAUCUUUUUUCAGCAGAAUACAAUUUUUCAAACACUUUCAACACCGGUGGUUGUCAACCAUCGACAUCAAGCAAGCAUUCUGUUUGGCCUACAUAUGUUUAUAUCAAUGAUCUAUCUCCAAAACUUAAUUCCAAGCACAUGAUAAUGGCAGGCUUGUGGGUUAAUAAAAAAGAACCAGAUAUGCUACUUUUUUUGCAACCAUUCGUCAAUGAAGCAAAUAAAUUAUCAGAGGAAGGUAUAAAAUGGAAAUUACAACAACAAACCAUAACCAGCAAGUUCAUCCCUAUCUGCGCCUCAGUUGAUUCAGCAGCAAGAUGUAAGAUUUUAAAUAUGAAACAAUAUGAUGGUACUUACGGUUGCACAUUCUGUGAACAUCCGACGGAAUGUGUUGAUAAUUCCCAAAAAUUUCCCCUAACAAUGAUUGUUCCAAAAGAGCGUAUGGAUAAAUCAAUUAAAAAACAAAUGGUACAAACCGCUGAGAAUCAAUAUGGUAAUGAUGUUAUGGGUGUGUUGGGGCCAUCAUCAUUGAUGAAUUUAAAUAUUUUAACAUUGCUGACGGGAUGUCGCCGGAUUAUAUACAUGCUGUUUUAUUAGGUGUAAUAAAAGAACAUACUGAAAAUUUGCUAUCUUCACUCGGUGAGGAUUAUUAUGUGGGUAAUCCGAACCAACUUGAAGCAUUGAAUACAAGACUCUCAAGCUUUAAGUAUCCUACAUGUAUAACUCGAUCUACACGAACAUUAACUGAUCGAAAAAUGUGGAAAGCAACGGAAUGGCGUUCAUGGCUUCUAUUGUAUUCUCUUAUGUGUUUCAAGGGAAUUCUCCCUCAGAAAUAUUUUGAUCACUUAGCUAUAUUGGUGGAAGCUAUACAUAUUUUAUUAUCUGAUAAAAUUAAUUAUGAUGAAUUGGACAUGGUUGACUCUAUGACAAUAAGAUAUGCAGUAACAUAUCAAGAGUAUUUUGGGAAGCAUGCAAUGACAUAUAAUAUUCACUUAUUACAUAUGGUUAAGAGUGUCUUAAAGUUAGGGCCUUUGAGUUAUCAUAAUACAUUCAUUUUCGAAAAUGAAAAUCAGUUUCUUAUAAAAUUGCCAAAUAAUACCAAUAAUAUCACUAUACAGAUCGCCAGGCGUUAUUUACUUCAAAAAGCUUUAUCACCAUUAAAAAGUAAAAUUAAUAUAAGUGGAUACUUUUUACAAUUUUGUGAACGGAAUUUGAAUGGUUGUUUAAAAAAUAUUUUCAAAAUAGACGGCUAUAUACUAAUCGACAAAGGAAAAGAAUACUAUUUGAAUGAUAAUGAGCGAAAACUUGUGAAUAGAUUAGAUAAAUGUAAGUCUUUCAAUAGAAUUAUCUACAACAGCAAAAGGUAUGCAUCAAAAAGUUAUCGGCCUUGGGAAAAAAUUGAUGAUUCUUUAAUACUAUUAAAAAAUGACAAAAUUGGUAUAAUUAACAAUAUUUGUUACUUCAAUUCUCACGAAAAUGAGAAAAAAAUAUACAUAUUUUACGAAGAAGUUAUAAGAUUGAGGAAAUAUUUUUAUUCAUCGAAAAAUGUAACUGUACAGAGUAUAGAAGAAUGCAUUAUCACCAAAAAUUUACAAUUUUGUGAAGUGAAGAUGAUAUUACGACCGCGUAUGUUAACGGCAGUACAAAGUAAACACUAUGUCAUUUUCUUACCACCAGGAUGUUAUGGUGAUUAAAAAAAUUUUAUUCCAUGUGCCUUGAUUAAAACGAAUUAAAAAGUACUGAAAAUAACGGAAUUUGAAUUCUUUUCAAUACCUUCGAAUAUUUUCAAUCCUUUUGAAUUUAUUCUCUUAUGGACAAUUAACAUUCGUUAUUCGUAUUGUAUUUUUUUUCGAACAAGGAUGUAUUCAAUCGAAUAAAUUUAUUGAAUAUGUCUGAUCUCACAUUAUACAUAGAAAGUAUUAUUCAACAUGACAGAAAAUAAUUAUUGUGAAAGUUUGAAUCU